ACCAAUGAAUAUUUAAGUGACUCAAGCAGUUGUACUAAUAAUGGAUCUAAAUUAGAAUCAGAUGAUUAUAAUAACUACGAGUCUAAUUAUGAGUCAGAUAAUGAAGAAGCUCACUGCACCUCAACAAGCAUUACCAAGUCUUCAUCAGUUCAGCUAUCAAAUAUAGAAGAGCAAAAGGCUAAUACGAUAUACACUUUAAGACAAGAAAAGUUCAAUAAUAAUUUUACUUCCAAGAACUUGCUAAAUAGUAUUCAGGAAAUUCUUUCAUCGCCACCUAAAGAUAUGUCAAAUAAUAAAGGCUCAUUAAAUUGUCUUCCAAUCUAUUCAUUCCUCUUUCCAAAUAAAAAAGGCCCUAGCCUAUAUAAUGCUUAUAACCAGGAUGAGGUUGAAAAUAAAUUGGUUAUCAAAAUCGAUCAAGAUGAUCAAGCCCCAAAGUUUUCUGUUGCAGAUGAUAUUUCUGAAGUAUAUGGUUUGCCUGGAAUUUAUGAAUAUAUUAAUGGUCAAAAACCUUUAAGAGCCGUAAUUGAUAUAGAUGCUUCACAAGAAGAUAUAGAAACAACUGGUGUUAAGAUGCAAGAAGUAUUUAUUCAAAUCUGCCUAUCUUUCAUAAGAGCCUUGUAUCGAAUUCUCGACUGUAGUUGGGAAAAUAUUCUCAAUAGCUGGAAUGAGCUCGAUCAUACAAGAGUUCAACCGUCUACUAGAUUAGGUCUCAAAGAUCAGAGGUGGUUUGGUCAUGUGUGUGCUAGUAGUGGAACGUUCAUUAUAAAAUGCUUCUGGCAAGGUAGUGGUGAACCUGGGGAUGUAAAAGGCUCGGGCUUCCCAAGAGCUUUUGUAAAAAUGCCAUCUUGGGUCAAAUGUAUUGAGACCCUUACGGCUACAGAAAUAUAUAAGAAGAGAUAUGUAAAACCAUUACCCAAUAAAGGUGAUAUUUAUGUAGGGUCACCUUGGGAAAUAGGAAAAACCUAUAUUUUUGAAAAAUUGGCUAUUCCUAAUAAUAUAAAUUUGCUAGUAUUAUCCAUGCACCACUCUUACUCAAAUGCUGUUGCUACAAAACUCAAUCUUAAGUUAUAUUGCGAUAUCGAUAGUAAUAUAAAUCUACCUGAUCACAAGAGGGUGGUUUGCCAGAUAGAGAGUUUACAUUGUAUUACUAACAAUUGCAAAUGCAAUAAAAAAUAUAAAUGUUCACCGAGCCAAUACGAUUUAUGGCUUGAUGAAAUAGUAUCUAUAAUUGCUCAGACACAAGGUCGUUUGGCGGAGCAAUCAAUAGAAAGUUUAUAUAAAUUAGUUCAAGAGGCAAGGCACAUUAUCAUCAUGGAUAAUGAUUUAACUGACCUUAAUAUCGAAUGGAUUAAGGCCCUUCAUAAGGAUAUACCAUUCUCAAUUAUCCACAAUAUUUACUAG